CAAAGCGAAAUAGAGGAGAUAAUGCAAGUGAGGAAAGGUCCAUGGACACGAGAAGAGGACCAGAAGCUCAUCGAUGGCAUUGCCAUCCAUGGUCCCCGACGCUGGAGCUACCUUGCUAUCUGUGCAGGUCUGAAGCGAACUGGGAAAAGCUGCAGAUUAAGAUGGCUGAACUACCUGCAUCCGGACGUCAAACACGGCAACCUCACUCUCCAAGAGCAGCUACUCGUUCUCGAUCUCCACUCUCGUUGGGGAAAUAGGUGGUCGAUGAUAGCUCAGCAGCUUCCAGGAAGGACGGACAACGAGAUCAAGAACUACUGGAGAACGAGAGUUCAGAAGAUAGCCAAGCGACUAAAUUGCGAUGUAAACAGCACUGAAUUCAGAGGCACAAUUCACCAUUUUUGUCAACCCAGAUUGGUGGAGCAACUCCGAGGAGCCGCCGCGCCCGCCUCUCCCCAAUAUUCCAAUUUCGUCACUCAGCCCCCGCCUGCUACCACCACCCCCUCCGCCGGCAAUGGUGGCAUCAUCAAAGCUGGCCUCCCUCCGGUUGACUCAAACUCCAACCCCGUCGGAAUUAUCAAUUCAUCGGAUGCUUCACCGGAGGCCCGCAGCAUCGCUCUGCCGGCAUCAUCAAACCUGACUACUUCGCACGAUCAUCAAGUUCCGGGCAGUAAUUGGUGGCAAGAUUGUUUGUCACAAGAUGGGUCGUUUAUAGAUCUGAUGAGUACGGAAUAUUACUCUGCCGGAGGAUGCUAUGAAUACAUGAGUUAUGCUAACGAAAUGGCGGCGCCGGAGCAAAGCAAGGAAUGGAGGUUAGAUGGUGGAGACGAGGACGACUCAGACUUCACCUUGAUCAGCAAUGAGGGUAUCUGGCCCGUGCAUGAUGCAGAUUUAUCACCAUAUUUAAUAUAAUUACUUGACGAGAUCCAGUUAACGGGCUCCUUCAAUUUGCUUUGCCUGAUGAUCCAUUAUCCAUGUAUAUAUAUAUAUAUAUGUGUGUGUGCGCGCGCGCGCAUUUUAAGACGUACGUACGUGCGUACGGCGAAGGGGUUCGCCAGGCCUCUAUUUAUGUCUAUGCCUUUCUG